AGCGCGAGUAGGAGGUCCAAAUAAAAUAAAGUUUCUAGUCUUCUUUCUUUCUUUUAUUCUUUUCUUUUCUCUGUCUCUUAUUUUUCUUUUUUAUUAGUUUUUUUUUAAUCAUGAAGGUACUUACCCUUACUGCCAUUGCCGCUUUCUUUGUGGCCUCUACUAUUGCCCAAGAAGGUGCUACUGCAGGUGGUACUCAAACUACUUCCUCUUAUUCUUGUGACCCUAAUACUUGUAAACUUCCCAGUUGUUUAUGUGCUUCUACUUCUCCUCCUGGUGGUCUUCAACCAAAAGACACUCCUCAAUUUGUUGUGAUUACCUUUGACGAUUCUGUUCAAGCCAAGUUACUUCAAACUGCUCAAGAUAUGCUCAAUGUCAAAAACCCCAACGGUUGCCCCGCAAAGGGUUCAUGGUAUGUAUCCAUGGAAUAUACUGAUUUCUCUUUGGUCCAACAAUGGUAUGCUAAUGGAAAUGAAGUCGCCGAUCAUACAUUCUCUCAUGUUGGUUCUCCAUCCGCUCAAGAAAUCGCUGCUGCAAAAUCUAUGCUACAUGAAUAUGGUGGUAUUCCUUAUGGCAAACUUAAGGGUUUCCGUGCUCCUUUCUUGAAUUAUACUGCCGAUACUCUUAACACCAUUCAAAAACAAGGUUUCCUUUAUGAUACCUCUUCUACUGCUACUGUCGAUGAUUGUUACUGGCCUUAUACUUUAGAUAAUGGUAUGGCAAAUGAUUGUUGGACUGGUAUUUGUGACCCUGGUAAAGUCAAGCUACCUGGUGUUUGGGAAGUCCCAAUGUAUGCUGUAAUGGACAAUGCAAACACACCUCAAUUAAUGGAUGUUUACUUGGCCGGUUCUGUUUCUGAUGUUACUACUUGGUCCAAUAACAACUUCCAACGUCAUUACAAUGGAAAUCGUCAACCUUUUGGUAUUUAUGUCCAUCCUACUCACCUUACAAAUUAUCCUGGUACUCCUGAUACCUCUUCUCUCAAGAAUGGUGUUGUUAGUUUCAUUCAAUCACUUGCUGGUAAACCUGAUGUCUGGUUUGUUACCAAUGAUCAAUUACUUCAAUGGAUGCAAAAUCCUGUACCUAACAGUCAACUUGCUAGUCAGCCUUAUAUGCAAUGUAAUCUUCCCAACACUGGAAAAGAAAUCUGUAAUGGUCUUGAAAAUAUUACAGUGACAGCCGAUGGUGUUGCUUCUGGUGCUCUUCUACAAAACUGCAAUUUCAAUACUACCAACUGGCAUACUUGUUACAACUGUCCUAGUGCUGCUCCUACUUUGGAUACUCCUGUUCCUGCUCCUCUUUUACAAUCCACUGAUCCCAACUAUCGCAAGCCUGUACCUGAUAAUUGUGAUAGCAUCUGGUGGGAUCCUGUUGCUGGCCAAUGUUUAUGUACUAACUCCACCUGUGCUUACAAGGACACUGCUAUUCCUACUACCUCCAAUAGCACUAAUGGUACUAGUGGUAAUGGUUCCUCUUCCAAUGGCAAGAGUGGAAAUGCUGCUAAUGCAAUGGUUCCUGUUUAUGGUACUCUCCUUACUACUGUGAUUGCUGGUUUGACUGCCCUUUUACUAUAGUUACAUAUGAUUCAUUUAUUCUUUCCCCUUUGUUUGAGUUUAUCUUUUUUUUUCUUUAUCCGUUUGAUUAUAUACUUGUUUCUUUUUUUUUAUACUGUAGAAAGUACUCUCCCUUUUCCUUUUUUUUUUUUAUGUUUUCUUUCAUUAGAAAUCUCUUUAGUGUUACUUUUUCUUAUUGAUUAAUCUGUUUGUUUUUACCUUUUU